AUGUUUAAAUACUUAUCUAAGAUAUAAAGAGUUACCUUACACAGCAAAGUUUCAAAGAAUUUUGCAGUUUUGUCAAAGGAUCAUCCCGAAAAGGGACCUUCCCAAGGUCAUUUGACUGACAAAUACACUGUCAUUGAUCACACCUAUGAUGCUAUCGUUGUUGGUGCUGGUGGUGCUGGUUUAAGAGCUGCUUUUGGUUUGGUUGAAGAAGGUUUCAAGACCGCUUGUAUUACUAAGCUUUUCCCUACUCGUUCUCACACAGUCGCUGCUUAAGGUGGUAUUAACGCUGCUUUAGGUAAUAUGACAGAAGAUGACUGGAAAUGGCAUUUUUAUGAUACAGUUAAGGGUUCUGAUUGGUUAGGUGAUUAAGAUGCUAUCUAAUAUAUGACUAGAGAAGCUCCCGCUGCCGUCUUAGAAUUAGAAUCUUACGGUCUUCCCUUCUCUCGUACUCCUGAAGGCAAGAUCUAUCAAAGAGCCUUCGGUGGUCAAUCCCUCAAGUUCGGCAAGGGUGGUUAGGCAAGAAGAACUGCUUGUGCAGCUGAUAGAACUGGACAUGCUAUGUUACAUACUUUAUUCGGAAGAUCCUUAGCUUAUAAUUGCAAUUUCUUUAUUGAAUAUUUCGUUAUUGACUUAAUUAUGGAUGAAGAAGGUGCCUGCAGAGGUGUCAUCUGUAUGUCUAUGGCUGAUGGUUCUAUUCACAGAAUCAGAGCCCAUUACACUGUAUUGGCUGCUGGUGGUUACGGUAGAUCUUAUCUUUCUUGCACUGCUGCUCACACCUGCACUGGUGAUGGUAUGGCUCUUGCUACUAGAGCUGGACUUCCUCUUGAAGAUCCUGAAUUCGUUUAAUUCCAUCCUACUGGUAUCUACGGUUCUGGUUGUUUGAUGACCGAAGGUUGCAGAGGUGAAGGUGGUAUCCUUGUUAACAGUAAUGGUGAAGCUUUCAUGGAAAAAUAUGCUCCCACUGCUAAGGAUCUUGCUUCCAGAGAUGUCGUCUCUAGAGCUAUGACUAUUGAAAUCCUUGAAGGUAGAGGUGUUGGCCCUAAGAAGGAUCACAUUUUCUUAUAAUUACAUCACUUGAGUCCUGAAACUUUACAUUAGAGAUUACCUGGUAUUUCUGAAACUGCCAGAAUUUUCGCAGGUGUUGAUGUUACCAAAGAACCAGCUCCUGUCGUUCCUACCGUUCACUACAAUAUGGGUGGUGUUCCCACUAACUGGAAGACUGAAGUUAUUACCCAAGACAAGAAUGGAAAGGACAAGAUUGUUCCUGGUUUGCUUGCUGCUGGUGAAAACGCUUGUGCUUCUGUCCACGGUGCUAACAGACUUGGUGCUAACUCUCUUUUAGAUAUUGUCGUUUUCGGUAGAGCUGCUGCCAAACUUGUUAAGGAAAAGCUUAAACCUGGUACUCCUCAUAAGGAUUUACCCAAGAAUGCUGGUGAAUAAGCUUUAGCCAGAUUAGAUAAAUACAGAUUUGCUAAUGGUGAAUACACUACUCACCACGUUAGAACUGCUAUGUAAGAAACCAUGUAACGUCACGCAGCUGUCUUCAGAAUUGAAAAGCUUAUGGCUGAAGGUGUUCAAAAAUUAGAUCACAUUUAUGAAUAAUCAAAGAGCCUUAAAACCUUCGACAGAGGUCUUGUUUGGAACACUGAUCUCAUUGAAACCUUAGAAUUAGAAAACCUUCUUUUAUGCUCUAAAUAAACUCUUCUCGCUGGUUUACUCAGAAAGGAAUCCAGAGGUGCUCACGCCAGAGACGAUUUUAAGGAAAGAGAUGAUAAGAAUUGGAUGAAGCACAGUCUCACUUGGAUUAAAGAUGUAAAUACUGGUAAAACUGAAGUAACCUAUAGAGAUGUCAUCAACCACACUCUUGAUAGUGAAGUUACUCCUGUUCCUCCCGCUAAAAGAUCAUAUUGA